AUGUAUACGUGCAUUAAUUGUGGCAUUGAAGUCGAAGAACUUUAUAGAAGAUACAGUCCAAGUGUUUUGAAGGUUUUAAAAUGCGGUAAUUGUGGUAAUUUGGCAGAUAAGUACAUCGAAUAUGAUCCUGUUAUUGUAUUAGUAGAUCUAGUUUUGCUUGAAAAACCAGCUUAUCGACAUCUACUUUACAAUAGUAAUUUUCAAUCCUACUGGAAGCUGAUGGUUGUUUUACUUUUGGGCGAAUCAUUUAGAGCAUGGUCAAUAUUCAAAAAUUAUAAAAUUGAUCAAGACUCAGAUGAUCAUCAGAAUUACCUUCAAAACAAUAAAUUUGAUAGCGAAAGAAGUUUUUAUAUACUUCUUGCUCACACAGCACUAUCGUUGGGUGCUUUCGUCCUUGCUAUGAUAAUUAGUACAGAGAUAAGAUGGUUAAUUAUGGGUGUACGACCACAAAAGUAUAAAAUUUCUGAUCUUUUUCACGCAUUAAUUGUUGGAGGCUGUGCUAAACUUCUAGGACUUCUUGGUGUGAUUUGGCAGUACGUUGCUCCAGAACUUUUUUAUGUACUUAUUCAUGGUUACACUAUGCUAUGUCUUUUAACUGCAUACUCAGUAAUCUGCGAGAGUGGAAGGACUGGAUCAUUAAUUGGAUUAUCUAGUGGAUUAAUAGCAUACAAUUAUGUAUCCAAUUUGAUUUCUUGGUUUCCAUUAAUAAUUACAAAUACUACAGAAACUGAUGAUGUUACAUAA